AUGGAGACUCUCAGAAGUCUCAUCGCACUGCUGUGCGUUUUUCUAGCUGGAGCGCAACAGCAGAACGGACUCCUGAAGUUUGCGGGUAAGUUUGUUAAAUUUUUUGUUAAAACACCAAAAGUUUUAGCUUUGAAUAAGUAAACUGCAUGCAGAGUAGUCUCAAUGUUCCUGACUGCAUAUGCGAUCAACUGGAGUGAUGUUUGCUGCAAGAGCGAGUCCAGAUGUUCCUUGUCUCGAGGUUGCAUACUUCUCAAAGACUGACGAGCCUUAAAAAUCAGCUGCACAGACGCCAGUACAAUUCAAGUUUGUCUAUAUCAACGAAGUAGCAAAAGCAACCCUGAGCAGGCCCUUGUUCUGUCCUACAGCAAUGGGCCUGAAUCUAAGCAAUGGAUGCCCUACAGGGUAAGACCUGUAGUGGGAGCGCCAGAGUGAUAAAAAAAAAAGAUACAGGUGAUGGUCUUUGGGGUCUGCUUCCUUAUCCAACCAGGCUAUUGUUCAGGUACAAAUUAAUCAAGCCAUCUUACAGCCAGCACAGGCCUAAACCAGUCAUAGAUCUAUCUACCUGUGUGAGGGAGGAUAAAUCUGACAUGACACACAUAGUGGUACAGGAAGCUUCAUUCAGCAUCCUGAUGGCCUGAUGUCAUCAAAUGACGAUUGCUUUUAAUUUAGUUUAAGAUUUGUGACAGUUCAUAGACUUAUUUGUUAGAUCUGUCUUUCUUUGAUUAAGGCAUUUUGCUGACAGCCAUCUUUGUUUAUUUGUUUAUUUGUUUGUUUGUUUUCUUCAUUGGUGUUGUGAACAGAUUGUCCAGUUGACCUCUUCUUCGUUCUGGAUACCUCGGAGAGUGUCGCCCUCAGACAGAAACCUCCAAACUUUUACAUUGACCAGAUCAAAUCAUUCACCAAUCUCUUCAUUGAUAACCUCAGGGACACGUAAGACCUGCACCUGUUCACACCUGUUCACACCUGUUCACACCUGUUCACACCUGCUCACACCUGCAUAUGUGCAGUAAUGCAUUUGUAAAAGAGUAGCACUUGAAAGUUUUACCAGCACAAGUUAACACCCUCAAGAAGGUUUAAUAAACAAAAUCUGAAAAAGAAAUUUAACAGUAUCAGUGUUUGAACACCUCACCUUGCAGUGGAGAUAUGCAGGUUUACACUUAGAUGCUCUGACAACACAGGUGGGUGUGGUCACAUGUGCAGUACUGUACACCUCUGACCACACCCAUACACACAUCACUCAAUAUAACUCUUACCUACAGGGGGAGUAAAGCACAGCUCUUCAUAGUUCAUGUGAAUAUGCUCUUGAAGUAAAAUUACAGUAACAAUGCCAAACAGAUAUUUAUAGUACCAAAGAAAAAUGUCACUGUGAAGGUAAAUAAAUUCUGAACAAUGUGAUAACAGCAGGAUGCGUCAUCAAUGUAAUAUUUAACCCCUCCUCAACCCCCUUGGUUGGUUUUUAUCUAUACUAGUUCAUCAUAUUUUGGGGGGUCUUUAGGGGUUUUGAUAUAAAAUCAGAAUCAGCAUAAUCCCCAGGAAGCUGAUGAGUGCACAGCUUUGAGUGCAAGAUGUGCAGUACAGUCACCCUUUAACCUCUGAACUUUAGGGCAGAUCAAGUCCACCAUAGCCUGUUUGCUUCAUUUUGCAGAUGUUUGUUUUGUUGACUCAAAGGUUGUGAUCUGUACAGAAUAACGCAGUAUCUGGUCGUGUUGUUCAAAGACACAGUGGAGCAUCAAGCAAUGAAUACAUAGAAACAAAAACAUCAACUUUCCUAAAAACUUUCUUUUCUGCAAAAUUAAAAGUUUUUUUAGUCUUGUAGUAGAGAAUUUUUCUUUUUUCAUCACCUGUAUCCAUCCAGGCGCUUCCGCUGUGACCGUAUCCUGACAUGGAACUCAGGAGCUCUGCACUACAGUGACGAUGUGAAACUUGUGCGUGAGCUGAGCGUCCUUCACACGGAGCGUGAGGCCCUGAAGAAGGACAUCCUUGGCAUUGAGUACAUUGGCAAAGGAACAUACACCGACUGUGCUAUCAAGAGGGGCCUGGCUGAGCUGCUCACUGGGUAACAGCUAUGACACAUUCAAAUCCCGGUAAUAGAUUCUCUGAUCAAAAAAUCCUUAUUUUUUAAGGGUGUGUUUGUGUGUGCACAUGCAGGGGUUCACACUUCCGUGAGAACAAGUACAUUGUGGUGGUGACUGAUGGACAUCCCAUCACUGGGUACAAAGAGCCAUGCGGAGGAGUUCAGGAGGCGGCUAAUGAGGCCAAACAACAUGGAGUCAAAGUGUUCGCUGUGGCCAUCUCACCUGACCAGGAGGUAUGAAAACACACACACACAUAAACACACAAAACCAAAAACACAACAUCAUCAGGCUUAAUGUGCUUAAAAAGAGUAAAACAAUAUCUACAAAUGUAUUAAGUUAAAAUCAGCUUUCCAGUUUUUUUGUUUUGUUUUGUUUUUUUUUGAGUUUUUUCAGCUUUUCUCCUAGUUUUGAUUCAAAGUUGGCAGGGCCAAGUUGAAAAAAGGAAAAUAAGUCACUUGUGUCAGUCACAAUCAAGAUUAGGUCAUGUAUUUUAUAAUUAAAGCGAUGUAUUAAAGCCAGUUAGGUAUGUAACACAUUGAAAUUGACACUGAUGCUUUUUUUUUUUUUACCUAAAAGAGCAGAUGAGACCAUAAUCGACAAAACUGACCAUUUCUUUAUCGUAAUUUUUGAUGACUUUUAUUGACAGGUAUUCUCAGUAACUGACGAUUUUGUCAGUUAAAAGACAAAGAGAUUUUUCUACAAGAAGUCCCACCACACAGUGAACACAACAAAUCAGUGAAGCAACGACAAACAGAGGCUGCCAAAAUCAACACAAACCAAAAAGCUGUUGACAGCUGGUGUUGUCAACUUGCUGCCAAUCAAACCCGCUGAAUCUUCAAUUUAAAAAAAUAAAGUCUAUUAUUUAUAAUUUUUUGGUGCUCUAGUGAAAGAAAAGAUGAAUCCAAAGUACUCUUUAACAAGGUAAAAGCUUUGACAUGAGGCUAUGUUAUCUGUCUGAACCAACCUCAUGUUAAAGCUUUAAGUAACACUUUAGAUCAGAAAACACAGUUAUGCUACCAAAGCUCCUCUGAGGAGCUUUUAAAUGUUCAUGGAAUAAACUGAAAUUCAUAUUGAUGCCUUUUUGUGAUAUUCAAAACCAAGCAACCACUCAUUAAUAAGCUCUUAUUUUGCUUUACUAAACAUUACAACCACUCACCAUCAGCUGAUGAUUUUCCCUUAAAACCGCUUAAUUACUGCUGAUUAAUGCAAGUAAGGAAGUUGUCAUACCUUAAUAACCAGCCUAGUGAGCUUUGCUUUGUAAAGGCUAAUGAAGGUGGUAGUACCACCUUUGCUGAGCAGAAGACAGUUAUUGAACUAUGAUGACCAUACUUAAUAUUGAUAAGCAGUAAUAAGGAGGUUUUAGUGGUUAAUCACUAGUGCUUAGUGGUUGUAGAAUAUAGGCAAAGGUUUUAAUUGGUGCUUUACAACAAGUAAUUAAAAGCUAAUGUGCUAUUUAUAUACAGUACAUGCCUAUCAACAACUAAUCAAAAGCCAAUGUAUGCUCCCUAAUCCCAGGAGUCACCAAUCUUUUUUAUGUUAAUGUAGAGUGCCUUGGAUUCACUUAUUAAAUUAUUAUCAGGAUUUCCUAUUUUCUCAUCUACAGCGCCUUCAUAUUGCUUUGAGCAUAAUUUAGUCCUCAUAUUUUUUUAUUUGAAUUAUUUUAUCAAAUUUUCAAACUGAGAAAGGUAACAACAGCUGUAAAGAAAAGUAUUUGAAAAAAACAAGAGAAGAGAUCCAAACUCCAGAGCUGCUGUCUGGUCCAAUAAUGCAGUCUCAGUUUAGAGACACACUUAAAGCUCCUGUGAGGAAGUUCCGGUUUGUGUUAAUUGUGUCCCUCUCUGUGGACAGAGUGCUGCCUCCUAUAUUUGCUCCAAAGCUCUUGUGAGUUUUUUGACGUUGACGAAUUGACUAAAAUCCACAUUGAUGCAUUUUCAUGAUAUCCAAUAGCAAACUGGACCAUCAGGGAUAAGACUGAUGAUUCUCAUUUUCAAUGCCUGAAACAAACAUGAGAGGGUAUGUGGCAGCUGAGCAGCUAAAAAAACAGCCCUGUUUUUUAAUAUUCUGCUGACAUUUUACAGUUAGCAGGAUGGGAGACACUUGUAAGUAGACACUAUGAAAGCAUGUCGAGGACAAGAUGAGCAGAGGCUGUUUAGCCCACAGGGGGUGCCAAAAUUGACAUGAAUCUGAAGGCCUUUACAGGAGCUUUAAAGUGAAAAGGUAAACAGUAGAUUUAAAUGAAUCGUAAAGACAAGACAACCCUCACCUUUCUGUUAAACCAAAUAAUGUAACUUAGGGUGAGGUAGAAGAAAGUUAUAGUGUCACACAGACAUGCGCAGUGACACAAGCACAGAUAUCUAGACAGGCCCUAAAACUCAGGCAAAAAUCAAAGAUCUACAUGUUGGUUAUGAAUUAUUAAAGUAUAAAAGAAUAUCAAUCAAUCAAUCAACUUUAUUUCUAUAGCACAUUUAAAAGAACCACAAGGGUAGCCAAAGUGCUGUACAAUGACACAUAAAAACAAAUAAAACAAUCAAAGAACAAGAUAAAGCAAGCAGAAACAUGCUGUAUGCAAUUUCACAGAGAGAAUACCGCAGGUCCUGCUGUCAUGCCUGUAAUGAUUGUGUUUAUGUUGUGUUUGUGUGCAGGACACCAGACUGUCUCUGAUCGCCACAGAUCAGGCCUACAGACAGAACUUCACUGCUGCAGAUGACGCCAGAUCCACGCACAUGGGCACCAUCCAAACCAUCAUUGACAUCAUUGUAUGCACCUCUUCAUUCCCUCUGUCCUUCUUAUCUCUCCUUUUUCCCUCAUCUUUUUUUCUUUUACUCUCCUUUUUUCAGAAUUUAAGGUUUGAAUUUGACUAAUGUGUUUUUCUCUCUUCUUCUUUUCAGACGAAUGAGACAAAAGAUACGGUAUGUUUUUUUGAUACAUCAUCUUUUCUUACCUGUCAGUGAAUAUUGUGCAUACAUAACUGUACUACAGUUUUUUUAAAUUAGUUCAAAGGAAUUAGUCUUUUCUCUCUUACUUUUCAAGGAAAAGUUUUGUUGAUGCAUCUUGAAUCUGACAAAAUCUUGUAUGCAGGCUUAAUAUCAUGACAUUAAAAUGUUUACAAACCAGAUUUCCCCACUUGACCCAGUUUGAGGCUGAUGUAGUUGUUUAUUUAGUGAAACAAGUAUUUGAGAAGUGCAGUUCGGUUGUUUACCAGGCUGUGUUUCUGUUACCUUUCUCUGCUUCUGCCAGAGUUUCUGUUGCACUCAGGAAACAAAGAGGGAGCAGGCUACAGGAAGCUGAAAUCAGCUCAAACAUGUAAACUGAGAUAGCAAUGUAAUCUCUAGAUUUGGCCUAAAAGAUCUUGAACAAAAUCACUGCUGCUUUUUCUUAGAUUCUGGAAAUAUUGCCUAAAACAACCAACUGUAGUGUGAAGAUUGAAAAAUGUUGAUUUUAGUUGACUUUAGAGGUCAGAAAAAAAUAUACUUGGUAAUGAAAGAUUUAUUAAGAAUGAUCUAAUACGUGCAUGGAGACAUUGAACUUUUAACAUGCUUUCAGAUAUUCAUAACCUUUGUUUUCUUUUUUCUUCCAGUGUUGCUCUUAUGAGUGCAAUGUAAGUACGCCAUCAAUUCACUCUUACCCAUACAAAAUUUGCUGUUGUACCAACUUAUGAAUGGUUGUUUGACUUUUGUUUUUUGUUUGUUUGCAGGCUCCAGGAGGGCCUAAAGGUCCAGGAGGAGAUAUUGGCUCCAAGGUGUGACGAUAAAACAAUAUUUUUGAGAAAUAUGUGAAAAAAAAAAAUCCAACAUAUUUAGUCAAAAUGCACAAAUGUGAAGAACUCUUCUCUCUUACCUCUGUUCAGGGAGAAACAGGUAGACCAGGAAUGCCAGGAGAGAAGGGAGACAUUGGUGACGUGGUAAGAAAUCACUUUUCAUCAUCUUCACACAAUCACUUUACACCAUCACAAUUAUUGAGUACAGUAUCCCUGGAAAUGUUUUUGCUUUUUGUUUGUUUUUCUUUGCAGGGCUUGAUAAGGGUGCAGUCCAAAUGAUCUAAUAUGUCUUAUUCUCUCUUUCAGGGCAGCAUUGGAGAUCCUGGUCCUGUGGGUUACAGUGGAAUGAAGGUACAAAAAAUCACUAAUAAUUUAUAGUUUUAUGGUAGUAGUAGUUAUAGUAGUAGUAAUGAUCAUCAAAAUAAAACAAUUGAGUUCGAUACAAAAUGAGAUGAUACGAAACAAUACGAUACAAAAGAAUAUAAAACAACAUAACAUGCUACGGCAUGGUAAAUAAUGAAAUAGGAUUUGAAAUUAAUACACAUAGAUAAGAUAUGGACUGUUACAAUACCAUAUGGUAUAUUACAAUUUGAUACAAAACAUUAUGAUACGAUUUGAUAUGAUAUGGUAUAAAAUAAUAUAUUUCAUACAUCAUUAUGAGUUACAAACAUUGUAAUACAACAUUAAGGUAUAAUGAAAUGUGAUAGCUAGUGUAAGAGUCAAUUAUGUAAGUUUUGGGGAUGCCUUUGGUGUAGGUGGGAUUUGGUUUCCACGCUGAUGAUUGGGUGUGGUUUUUGGUGGCGUGGGGGUGAUCAGUUGAUUUAUCGUAUCCGUGCACCUGUGGUGAGCCUUUGCUGGAAUUUGCAGUGCAUCAUCACUUUGACUCCCAUGUUUAUCCUGCAGCGGCUUUCACUUUCGAUGGAUCUGCUGUUGUACCAAGUGUUAGAAUAAGUUGAUUCAGUUAUCACUACACGAAACAAAUCGAUUAGAUAUAAUGAAAGGAAGAGAAAAUACACCAAGUUUAAGUGUAGUGCUAUACACAGCUGUUUAAAGCUCAUGACAUUACCAAGAUACAAUGAACAAUGACUCAUAAUUAAAAAGCUACUUAUUUACAUGUAAGUGAUCACUCACUCCUUCUCACUGAUUACUUUUGCUGUCUGCAAUUAAUUGAACUUUUGUGUGUUUUUUCUGUGUGCAGGGAGACCGUGGAGGCAGAGGAGAUAAGGUACUUUCAGAACACACAAGCACAAGAAAUGCACAUACCUUAAGAUCCAUCAUUGAUUUGCUGUAUAACCAGUGGACAAUGCUGAUUCAUGUUUUGCUUUUUCCACCUACAGGGUGAAAGAGGACACAAAGGCUUCAAGGUGAGGCCUUCAUACAUUCACACAGUGGUUUGUUAUCAUCGAGCGCUCUCAAAACUAAUGGUUCUAUGAUUUUAUCCCCUUUUUUUUUCAGGGAGAUAAAGGUCUCAGAGGAAAUGAUGGGGUUGAUGGACGCAAGGUGGGUAACAGAUCUGGAAGUCCCUGUAAGUCUGCCACAUUUCCUUUUUUUCUUUUUUUCUAAGGCUUUGUCUCUCUGGUCAUCUUCUUUAGGGUGAAGCUGGUUUCCCUGGUCUCCCCGGCUGUAAAGGCUCUCCAGGUUCAAAUGUAAGUCGUGUAUAUUAAACUCAGAUGAAUCCUUUUAACAUGACCUUUUGCUUUGACCUCGACCGGAGCUCCACUCAGGCUAAUGUCAUGCAUCACUGACUGUUUGGAUAACAACCAGAUGAGAAACAAUCACUGAACACUCACACACUCUGACAAUGACACCAGGUUUUAAGACUACAAAUACACACUCAGAUGUACAGAUCUGAAGACACGCCCACACCCACCCUGAAUAGUUCUGUUUCGAUGUCCUAGAUUUAACUCUCUUUGAAGCCCUGAUAGUCCACUCUAGUCUUUCCCUGAGGCACAGACAAUGUUUACUGAUUAGCUGUUAGCCACAGCCCCCUCUGCCUGAUCAGCUGCACCAACUGUGUCUGGGUCCCUGGGGGUAGAGGCAGACCGGGGCCCUCAGCUCUUAAUCAUGUUUCGUUUACAUUCUUCACUGUCAGAUUGUUUAAAUGGAGCCAUAUCGUUCCACUGUAAACAAACACACACACACAUACAUGUGCGUACAUGCACACCGGCCUCAGAGAGUGUUGUGGCUUUAGCUGCUUGUGAUCAUUCGUUGAGACUGUGUCUGUGUUUCUCUGCUUUCAGGGUAUGCAGGGAGAGCCUGGACCAAAGGGAGACUCUGGGUCUUACGGACUGAAAGGAGGAAAAGUAAGACAUGCAAAAUAAAAAUAAAUAUAUUCAUGAAGGAUAAGGUAGCGCUGGAGUUCCUUUUAUUGAGAUAUCAUCAUCUUAUUUCAGGGAGAUCCUGGAAGAGAUGGAGAGCCAGGAAGGCCUGGAAACUAUGGCCCUAUGGGACCUCAGGUAAAUCUGAAGAGGAAGAAAAAGUCAAGAUAAAAAACUUAGUAUAACACUGAGCAGGACAUCUGACACAUCUGAUAUCUGUGUUGUUUCAGGGAGACCGGGGCCCUCGUGGACUUGAUGGAGACAAAGGAGAGCGUGGUGAUGAUGUAAGUAAUAAAGCUCCUGUCAACGUCAGGAACAUCAACUUGUGUUGUUUUUAAUAUUUUAUCUGAUAUCCUGAUUUGUGUGUGUGUGUUUUAGGGUCCAAUACCGCCAGAUGGGCCUCCUGGAGAGAGAGUAAGUCAGACUUCUUAAUAAUCAGACUUUUGACUCAUUAAUCUCAAGUGUUCUGGUUUUUUAGAAAUCAAUAUAGUGUAUAUGCUAACACUGUUUCUUUAAAACUUUUCUCAUAGGGACAAAUUGGAGAGAAGGGAGAGGAGGGUACUCGUGGAAACAGAGGACCAAGAGGAGAACCUGUGAGUCACAAAUAUAAAUACUUACUUUCUUUAACAAGACUGGAACAGAAAAUACGCCUAGGUAAAAGCAGACUUUAUUGAAAUGAGGCAAGUUCAUUUAUAAAGCAACAAAGCACUCUCCAAAGUGAGUAAAAACAAAACAUUUACACUAGCACUAGAGAAAUGUGACAUUGAGAGACAUAAACAUAAAAUUAUAUUGUAGAAAACAAUAUCGAGAAAGAAAGAGAAAAGGGAAAAUGACAUAGGCUGAGAAACUAUGCUAAAAAGUUCCAAUGAAAAGGUUAGGCUAUGAUGGAUUCACCGUUUCAAGUUAGAGUCGACCUCUUUAAAAUGUUUCCAUUGGCUGUGUCUGUGCAAAGCUCACAGCCACACACAGCAAAUAAAAUUCCAACUAAAUCAAAAGUAUUUGUCCUAUUGCUAGUCAAAACAUCUUGUUACAAUGAAUUUAAGUCUCUUUCAUCAUACAAGUCUGGAAACGAAUCUAAUUUAAGAUAUCAUGAUGCAAAAGUCCAUCCUGAAUUCCUUGGAAGUCAAUAAAUGUACCAAUUCAAAAACAAUGCAGUCUCUCUGCAGGAUUCAUUAACCUGCUCUUUUUCCACAAAUAUAUAUUCCAUAUACUACACAUUAACAACAUUAAACUUGUACACAAACUUCUAAGUUAAAAAAAGUAGUGCAACUUAUUACUUUUAAAAAUAUGAAUCUAUACAGACUGAAAAUGUGAAGGGCUUUUGUGUCUGCUCAAUCUGUACAAGGGAGCUAAAAUACAUUCCUUUAGUCACAAAGCACAUGUGAAGGGUUGAGUACUUCUUACACAGCAUUGCAGAGCAAACUGUGCUUUGCUGGUAUUUUUCGUAGAUUUUUAAAUUAAACAUCAUGCAUUCAUUUGGGGCUGAAUGAGUCCCCUUUCUAUGCAAAUGAACCUUAUUGAAAAUAACAUUUAAUUCACCUAUACUAUAAAUUAGUGUGUGGCUCAGACCCUCAAUUCUGCACAGAGUGUGGGGAUGCUUACAGCUUAUUUCAAUCAGACUCACAGCUGGAGCAAACUGCAAAGAGCUGCAGGACUUAGUGGGUGCUGUUAUUCUUAGAUAUUAUUAAUAUCAUUUGUUUUAAGAAUUAGACAUUGAGAUGGAGCAAAUGGAGAAGGAAAUUGAUGCUCAUAAAAGUAAAGAAAACCAGUCAUCAUAAUGGAUUAGGGGGUAGCCAACCAGAUUUCAAGGAAGGCUUUUGAAAUCUGAUACAAAGAGGCUAAAAUCCUUGUUGCAGCAGUUGCUAGCCUUUGCUCCAUAUCAUUUCCUAAUCCUUACAUCCCAUUUUCCUUUCUCUCUUCACCUGCUCCAUCUGUAAAAGGUGAGCCACCCCCCCCCCCCCAAAAAAAAAAAAAAAAAGACUGAGAUAACCGAGUAACUAUUUGAAAGAAUAAUUAAGGAGAUACAAAUGAAGUCAAGAUGAAAAUUCUAAUCAAAAGUAAAAGCGUGUUUGAAAAAAAUGACUUGUGCUUCAAACAGGAAAAAGUUGGUCAACUUAUGUGGAAAAUAUUUUUCUGUUUGACCAAGAAGUCUGCUGGACUUGAAUGAAGCUUCAGUAGAUGUAUUUUUUUUCGGUUGGUAACCAAGUAUUUUCACACUGAAGACAUGAGUCAGUAUUUGUCCUUUAUUUUUUUCCACCUUCUGGUGAGUGAUGCGAAGAUGAGGAGGAGUGCUGAAGAACAGACCCCCAGUUACUGUGGCUCUGUUGAAUUCAGCAGCUCCUCCUGAGACAGUCAUGGGAAACAGUGUUUGGCCCUUGUAAUACACCACAGUGACCCUAAUGGAUCUCAGACUGUUUUUAUAAAGCCGUCCUCCGAGCUCUCCUGCUGAUCUAACUCGGUUUCAAACUUGGCUCCUUCUGCUUCUCAUCUCUGUUGUAACAGUUUAAAAAAAGUUUUUGAAGUUUUUACAUUUUGUUCUUUUCUCUGCCAGGGCGAACCAGGACCCCGAGGAGAUCAGGGGAGGGAGGGCUCAACUGGCCCCAACGGAGACCCUGUAAGACACACUGAAAAAUAAUCACAUUCACAUUUAUUUCAUAGAUACACACUCACACACACACACAGGAGCUGCAGUACCACUGUAUUUUAGCCUGUUAGGAGAACUUCAGAGGGAGAGCCACCCACUUUUCUCUUUGGCAGCAUCCGUUUUUUUCCACUUGGAGAGGAGAACUUGUGUCCAAGUGCGUGCACAGUUUCUAGUGUGUGCGCACAUGUGCAUCCAUAUUUCACUUUGAGGGGGAAGCUUAAACAGAGGCAAACCUGGCUGCAGCCCCAGAGUGCUGCCCACCACUCCACACUCCAGCUCCCCUCCUCUGUUCUCAGCUUCUCCUCCUCCUCCUUCUCCUGGGAGCGUCCACACUCACUCUUUCCCCUCUGACUCAGUUCUUCUCUUGUCCGCUCCAGCCAAAGCCUCAGUAAGAUUUUCUUCUUAACAAGGCACCAGGCAGAGUAAUAAUAAUAAUACAUUACAAGCCUUAUUUGUGGUAACCGCUGUGAUGUCAGAACUUUCAAUGGCUCUAUUGUGCUUUCAGAUGCACCUCCUUCUUCAUCAGCGUUCCAUGAAUAUUAACUGAACUGAGCAGAAAACAUGGAAGAACUGACAUGAUGGGUUUACCUCACACAGGCAGGGAAAAACGGAACCACACAAGCAGUCAUGUGCAACACAUCAUUAAACACUGCAGGGCUGGAGGAUUCGGUUUUACAUUUACACUGUGCUGACUCAUUUCAGCUGCAUGUUUUUGCAGCUUUUUCAACCUAACUGAAAAUACAGAACACUCAGUCCCAGUUUCACAUAUUUUUUAUACUAUCUUACCCUGAGUCAGGUAAGAAAAACUUUAUUCACUUAAAUUUGUGCAUCCAGCUCUUAAACAAGUCUCGGUGUGUUAGCUUAGCGAGCCCGCACAGCAAGGAAACAGUUAGCCUUAAAUAGAAGAAACAAAGUAGAAAGAAAAACUAAAACGUUUCUACUCAAAUAACCACAAACAAAUCAAGUUUAUUUUAUUUGCAAGACGGUUAAUAAGAGCAAUUGGGUAGGUAAUCAGUGAGCUGUUUUAAGGUUUUGUUUUGUCCAGUAAAACCUGUUUGAAUUCAUAAAAGCUCUUUCAUUAAGUUUUUUAAAACUGUCUGAAAUUGACGUUGUUGCUUGACAUGAUAUCCAAAAGCAAAAAAAAACAAAAAAACAUAAUUCUUUUGUGGACUAUUUUGAUGCCAGAAACCAGUGCCAGGGUGUAGUCGUCAGCCAAACAGCUGAAGAAACCAUCCUGUUUUUACAAUAUGCACUUAAAAACUCCCAAUAAAUGAUAAAUUAAACUGCCAGAAGUCAGCAUGAUAAAAAUUUUUAAAGAGUAGAGAACAAGACAACGAAAAACUAUUUUGUCCACAGGGGGUGCCAAAAUGAACACAAACCAGAAGUUCCUCACAGGAGCUUUAAAGAGCAACCUCCUAGACCACUAGACAAAAAAGGCACUGUCACCGCUGGAGCUAAAACUCCUAGGUUUGAAACAAAUGAGGCCGAGUUGUGAAAGUGGAGAAAAUCUCUUAAUAUGUCAAUAACUUUGGUUACAGACCUCCACAGUGGCCUCCAGAACAGUAGUUUUGGACUCUCAGAUUGGCUUUAUUUUUCAGUUGCCACCUGGUCUGUAUCAGGAUUUGUAAAUCAUGUAAUUGACAUAGAGUACACAUUAAAGUUUAUUUAUUUAGACUUAGUUAGGGUCUUUACUCAGAAGUCCACAGGAUAAAAAAUCUAUAGACACUUAAAAAAUAGUUGCCUAUCUAAGGAAGCUCAACUCAGUGGAGCUUUAUGUCUUCACAUCAGCCAGCAGCUAAUUUUCAAUUUACUGCAGUAUGGCCGUUAUCAGACUGUGUCAGGUAUAACAUAAUAAAGAUCAAUAAAACGUAUACCCAUCUAUAAAACUAAGACUCGUGCUGUGAUCAUCACACUGAAAGGGUCAAUUAGACUGAAAGUCCUGUUCUAGCUGAGUUCUGCUGGUUUAAAUUCUAUGGGACAUCCAAAACAGAUGGAGACACAGAGUAAUGAUUUUUAUGUUGUUGUUUUGAAUAACAUGGUGUUUAAUACUGUAUUAGUGAGGACUGAGGUGAAAAUAAAACAUAAAAUUAAUGAGAGCCUUGUUAAGCUAUUCUGAGGGUGAGGUGGGGUUUCCUUUAGUGCUGCUGGUUGUGUUUGUUGAAAAUUAUUCUUGCCAAUUUUUUUUUUCCAGCAGAGUAGGUUUAAUGUCUUUAUUUUCUUCUUCUUCUUCUUCUUUUUUUUUUUUUUGGAACGAGUUUUAACAGUGUCUCAUUAAAGGUGUUGUUGUUGUUGUUGUUUUUCAGGGUGAGCCUGGCAAGGUCGGGCCUCCUGGCUAUAGAGGCGAUGAGGGCCCUCUUGGACCUGAGGUGAGUCCUACAGGACACACAAACACACAAAGACACAUGAAAAUGGAUUAUUGAUGAGUGAUACUUAUUUUUAACAGCACUGAGAACCUGUUUACUUCAUUUUCAUUAUUUGUGAGUGAGUCUUUGGCAAGCAACUUUCUGCUAAACUUCUAACUGGUGCUUCAAGUGGAAAAAAAAGUAAGAGUUAGUGGAAACUUCUUUGUUCUCUUGUUGGUGUGAGUUGAGCAAAAGUAUAACUACAGUGAAUAGAUUGAAGAAAACAGCUUGUACACUGCAGGGCUCCAAUAUACCAGAGAUUUAAUUUACCAGUUUAGUGACAUUUAGAGCAAACCUGCUCUUCAUCAGGAUAAGGUUACAACAUGCGGCGCCAUCCCAUAUUCACAUGGGCCAUCACAUGAUCAACCUUAGAAAAAAACAUUUACAUAACAAAUUUUACAAGAUAUCAUCAAGUAGCAAUUAUCACUCCAUUGUAACUCUCAGCCUCAGUAUAAGAGGUUGAUUUUAGAAGUGUAGGUUCUACACACCAGAGUGUACUGUCCCACUUAAAUCAGUGGUUCUUGUUGCAACGAUUGUUUUAUAGCAUUUAUUUGAGUGGAGGACUCUGUGAUCAAGUCGCUCUCAUUUUUAAGUGGGUGGGGCUUGGUUGGAAUGUGGCUAUGUCAUAAUAAUCUGUGCACCAAUCAGGAUCAAGCAGUGUAUGAGUCAUAAUCUUGAGACAGUCACGGGUUUUUUGGUCCCUCUUAAUAAAAUAUUCACAAAGUCAUACACUUUUUAUUAAGCCCAGUGUAGAACUUUAAAACUUUUGUUGUCAUGGUGGUAUUUUUUAUUAAAAAAUUGUCUACAGAUGUUUUGUUUGGCUUAUUUAUUCAUGAAAGUCUCAUUUUUUAGAGCUAUAUUUAUCAAUUUUAGGUUUUGAAGCCUAAACCAGAGGAGCACCAACUUUUUUGUAACAUGUUCAAUUAAAAAAAGAUGUGCAGUCAACGAUAUCAGCUACAAUAACAGCUGUUGUAAUAGUCAACUGUGUAUAUUGGAAGCAUUAGCAGCCAUUAGAAGUUGGCCUUUUCAGUGACCUAUCACAUACUCAUGGCAAUCAGUCAGUAAUAACCUGUAACAGACAGCACCGACUGAGCGUUACGUAACCUUGAGAAACAUUCAGAUACAUGAGGUUUUGUUCCCACACACACAUAAAAACACACAAGUCUCCUGACAGAAUCCAAAUGUUUUCAGCAAACACAUGUCAUCUUACAUUUCACAUGUUUCUAAUCUGAUGGUUCUUUCAAUCUCACAGGGAGCCAAAGGACCGAGAGGAAUCAAAGGAGCUCCAGGAGACAGAGGCCAGCUGGGGGAGAGGGUGGGUGUGUGCAUGUGAGAGACAGAGGGGGUGGGAGAGACAGAUGUGUGCCAUCCAUCAUAUCCCCUGCCAUGAGAUUUGUGAAUGUAUGACAGUGUGUGUGUGUGUGUGUAUGUGUGUAUGGGUCUGUAAAUGUAUUUUGUAAAUGUAUUUUGUUGUUUAUUUCAGGGGGCUGAUGGUGCACCUGGAAACGGCACUGCUGGAUGUCCUGGAUUCCAGGUAUGUGUACUGUAUGUGUGUGUGUUUGUGUUUGUGUGCAAACCCUUUAACUUUGCAAAUGUAAUGGUGUCUUUCUACUUUGGUGCUGUUUGUGAUGUAAAAGGAUAUGAGUCAGCAAACUGUACACUAAAUUCAAAUUUAUCAAUACCCUGAAAAGAAUAUUUGCAAUUAGCAUUGGGAAAGAAUCAGAAAAUCACAUAAAAUUGGAAAAUUAUGUAAUGCAUAAUAAAAGAAUCAAUGUUUUAUCUACAGUACUGACACUUUAUAUGUUAGAUGUACACGUAAGUAUCAUUGCCACCAUUUGGAUGCAGUCAUAUGAAGCUUUAUCUAGCUGUUAGCUAACCUACGAUUGAUUGAUGACGAUUUAGUGAUGAUAAAACUGAUUUUUUUGGAGAGGUUCUUGGAUUCAACUACUCAACUCAUCUAUAUUAAUAUUGUGCCAAUUUAUGACAAAUGUCAUCUUGAGAUGUUAAAAAAAAAGAGCAGGUCUAGACCGUACUCCAAGUUAUGAUAUUUACAAAGACCUUAUGUUAAUAUAUGAUCCAGUCUCAUCUUACAGGUAAGACUCAGUCUUAUCUUACGCCACCAAGGAUUCAGGAGAAACAUGUUGCAAACUCUGAGAAUGUGUACCUGUUUUAGCUAGUACGCACUCUUGAAUAUUUGUUAAUUUACCCCAACUCCUAUAGUUUUCGUAUCAUGCAGGCUUGGUAUCAUAUUUGGAAACAACAUGUGGUAAAAAUAAAAGGCAGCUUUUGUUUUGUCAGGGAAAAUAGACUCAGGGUCAUGAUUUUUACAAAAGAGAAUCAGUUAUUUGAUUUUAAUAAACAGGCAGAAAGGAAACUAAUCACAACCCCAGUUUUCUCCAAUAGCAUGCAGCUCUAAUAAAAGUAUAAAGAUUAUGUCCUGACUUAAAAAGCAAGGAAAUGGUUCAUGCUAUUUCAUCAUGUAUUGCUAACAAACAGUAACAGUAAUUAACAGUAAAACAUAUUUAUACCAAGGAUUUAUAUACUAGAAAUAAAAAAAGGUGCAUAACUCCUCAAGAACUCUGUGCUUGUUUUAGAGCAAAGACUCUCUGAUAUUCUCUUCCUCAAGAAAAUGAUGGUUCCAACAUUUUUUUUUUUUACUGUCGUACAUUUCAAAUCAUGUUCAAAUUUCCCUUUAAAUUUCAAGUUAUUUAAGUUUGGGUGUGGGUUUCAUUUUCAGAUCUACUUUAGCAAAUCAUGUCAAAAACCGUCUCAAGAGAGCAAUGCUGCCAGCCAAGUGUUGUCAACACGUUAAAAUCUGUUUGUAAUAUAACGUAAUGACAUCUUCAAGUAUCAUUCAGAAUGAUGCAACAAAAGACAGGAGUCUAGGCUUUCAGCUGCUCAAGGACUGAGUCUGCAGCUUUUCUAGUUUUUAGCUCAGAUUGACUUAAUCAGGAGAAAGUUUGAAAGGAUAUCUCACUGCUGCAGGAAUCAGUCUUCAAAGGGUUAUGGGUAAAUUAUGUUGGUCAUGCUGUGUGUAAAAUGUUAAAAGUGAACUCUUAUCUUAUUUUCAGGGAUAUCCUGGGCCCCGUGGAGACUCUGGUGAGCCGGUGAGUCAUCUCUGAGAGAUUCCUUUUUCGAGGAAUUAAAGGCACUUUUUUUAAAAAACAAAGAGAGGGUCAGUAGUUGUAUUGAGAGAGGUGAAUUACCAAACCAGGACAGGUUUUUUUAUGUUAACACAUCCAUGUUUGACUUGCAUGACAACAGGGUGUAAUCAAUUGUCGUGCUCAUUUGUCUUGUCAACCUGUGACCCUCAGGGCGGUAAGGGAACCCCUGGACCCAAAGGAGACGAUGGAGAGCCCGGAGAGCCUGGCCCUGAUGUGAGUUUUUGUCUUCUUCUCACUCCGCGUCUCAUUUUAUCUUCCCUCAGUCUGCUUUUGGCAGACUGCACUGACAGGAUGUGAGUCACAUUUCUUGGUUUAAGGACAGAUUUACAUGUUUCUUUUUUAUUGCUCUCUUUAAACACUCAAACAAAUCCACAUUGAGAGUUUUUGACUUUUAAAUUUCUGUGUUUCGUUUCAUUUUUGGUAUCAGAGCGUCACAUUCUUUACUUUAUCUCAGCUCAUCCAUCUCACUCUUACACUCUCCUUCUGUUCUGCAGCUGGAAAUGCUUUCUCAAGUGUGUGUGUGUGUGUGUGUGUGUGUGUGUGUGUGUGUGUGUGUGUGUGUGUGUGUGUGUGUGUGUGUGUGUGUGUGUGUGUGUGUGUCACUGGGGAAGAGGGCUUUGAGCUGAUGCAGCUGUGUAUAUGUCGUUGUCUGGGAUACUAGGAAAUGAGCAGAAACGAUGAAGGGACUACAUUACUCUUUUGGUGUGUGAGUGAGUGUGUUUGCAUGUGUGUGUGUAUGCGUGAAAGCUGCACUCAGCCAUGGCCAUAUAGCAUGCCAGUUUGAACAUCCUAAACCCCGGAUCAACUCGGUCGUGUUUAGAGUAAAGUUUCGGCAUUUCCAGGGUCCAGUGUUUGGUGUUAUAAACAUUUCUGCACAUGUUUGUACUUUUCUCUCAUCUACUCACCAGUGCACUCUGACCCCUCUUUUUUGAAGGCCGUCACCCUUUUUGAGCCUUAGAUUUACAGCGGAUCAGAUCAGUUUACCACUCAGCAGAACUCUGUUAGAUGUAGGAGUCAACUCUGCCUGGUACCUCCAGCAUCUUUCCAUGUGCAGUCUGUCUUUGAGUUUCAUGCAGGAAAAAUCUAAUCACCUCAGUAACGGAUCUAAAAAACUGUGAACCGUUGCCUGACCGUUAAGUUCUCAAACCACCCAGUCAAAUAGUGUUCACCAAAUGAGUCAGUUUAAAGGAAACAGUCGUGGAAUAAAGUCGUAAGUCCUCUUGGAUGUUUUCGCUCGGUUAGAUUUUUCUGGACUGAUUUUCUAACUGAAAUUUAAACAAUCAAAGCCAUGCAUCCAUCAGGUGACCAAAAGUGGUUUUCCUUGGAAAGUAGUGGUCAAAAACUUAAAUAAAUGGGCUGAAACCGACUCCACAGAAAGUGGGCGGGACUUCAAAGUGAAGUCAACAUAUUGGCCAAACAGUGUGAUCACAACAUCUUUUUCAAAAAGAAAUUUUCCCAUCCACACUCAAAGAGGAAGAGAUGAUGAUCCGUUGAUGAAUAAUUUCUGUUGUUCACCGCCCUCCAAAACCAAAGGUAGCCGACACAAACAGAAAGCUCCUCACAUAAGAUUUUUACAGAUGAUAGUAUGCUUUCUAUAUUCUUCUAAAAGUAAAUGUUGAGUUAAAAAAAAAAUCCAUGUACUGUAAAAUUUCAAACCGUAAGGUAAAAGUAUGUUUGAGUAAUCCCAAGCUAACAUUGCUGGCUGCUCUGCAUGGUUUGUCCAAAAACCUAUGUGAGAGGAGAACAAGAUUUGUUUAAUUUGUGGUGCCACUGAUUAAAGGAACUCUUUGGAAGAGCUCAAUAAAUGUUGAAGUUACCACAUGAAGAUGUCCUGCUCUUUUCUGGUUGCUGGAGAUUUUCUUCAUCCCUUCUUAAACCUUAAGACACCAGGCCAAAUUCAUGACAUAGAUUGAGAGAGUGGUUAACUCACAACAGUCAGCAUGUUUCCAUGUUUGAAAAAAAUUGAAACUGUAGAUUUUUUUUUUUUAAUCUUAAAGCAUUAGUACCAAUGAAAUCCCACCAAAACGAACUUCUCAUAUAGUCAGACUAACAUAGUUGGAUAAAUGCAAUAGGGGAUCAAUUUUUCUGUCAUGCACACCUCUCAGCUGAACUGAAACUGCCCUGCGCCUUCUGUACAUGCCCCAGUGUUUGCACACCACACUUAAGCCAGAGAUUGAAUGACAUUGAUGCGUCUCUAGAAAACCAGGUAGUAAACUAAAUCUUGAUAAACCAGGAAAGUAUGUAAAAAGAUGAAACUUUUCUACUGCACAAAUAAGCAGUACAGAGCUGUAAAAGUGACAGUGUUUACACCUAGUUAGCCUCUUCCUUAUGUCUUUUGUUGAUUGUUUUGAUAUGUAGAAGGUCAACCGAGAGACAAUGAGAAGUAACAGGCUGAAAGGGGGGCAAUGACACCACCCACUGUAAUGGGGACGAACAUGCUUCUGUCAGUAAUUUGAAUCUUGUAAACUGGGACAAGAACUAUAGUAUUGAAUAGAUUAUGCAUGUAAAUGUACUGAGUAACUUAGUGGCAUUACAACAGUGGAGGAGACUCAUAGAGAGUUGGCCACUCAUUUGAAAGUGGUCUCACUUUGGAGGAGGGAAGAGGGGGGAUUCAAAGAGACUGUAGCUAUAAUGAAGUGUUUCAGAAAGAGGCUGAAAUAAAUCAUAGAUGCCUCUUUACAACUGAAGACACCUUUUUCAUGUUUAUAUUUUAGUUAUUAUGUUUAUAUUUUAGAAGUUAUAAUUUAACAGAGUUUUAGGAUUAUUCUAUCUUUUUUGACUGGGGAAAGUUACCUCUAAGAGCCCCAGACAUAACCCUCAUGAAACAGCAGGUCAUCAUCUUUACAUUCCAGUUUGAGGGGAGGGCUGGCAGAUUUUGUUACCUCUCAACUGAGCCAGGAUAACUGAUACCUCCUGUUUCUUUUCUCUAGUUAAUUAGUUGUAGGUUUUUUCCCCUUUAAAAAUAUAUUUGAAUAAAGUGAAAUUGUGUCAUGUUUAGAUUUGGUUAUUACAUGUCAAAAUUUGUUGACAACAGUGGACAAUGCCAAGAGAAUGUACCAUUUAUGGCUGAGGCCUGUCAUCGUUCAUAACCACAGUGCAGAGGGAUGACAAUGGAGAGACACAGUGAUAGUCCAAUAGAGCAGUUUAAAAACAGGCAAAGUUUUAAACCACUCUUUGACAGCAAAGAAAUGUUGUUUCUAAGAGUGUGAUGCCUGAAGAUGACCUGUGCAUACAGACCAUUUGGGGUUGUGUAUUGUGUGUUUUACUUAGAGACGUAACAGUUGUAUGAGCAUUUCCUGUCAUUCAUCCAACAGCGUGUUACUGUAUUUAAAUUGCAUUCAGUACUGAUACCACUAGCGUUUAAUUCACACAUCCCAUCAAAAAUGUACUACAUAUAAACAAAGUGUCGCUCAUCUCUUCCAUCAGUCAGUCCCAUACGUCGUGUUUAUAUAGGCCUGUCCAACAGAAGAGCUGCAAAGGGAAUAAAAAUAAACUUCACAGUACUUUGUCCAUCUCUGUGGAAAAAAUGAAUCCAUUCCCCUCGGAGGCAUUUGUCUCUUCUUCCCUCUUUUUAACAGGCCGAAAAUCUGCGUUUUAGAACAGUCACUUAUUUGUUCCCACAAGUUUCACAUCCGUUUCUCACUGUUUUGGACCAUGCAGUGGAAAAAAGCCACCAGUUAAUUCAAGAUUAAGAGACCACAAACCAGCUCACAACAACUUUUGUGAAUCUUUUGUGUCUGCCUGUGUUGAGAUUGUCUUGUGAACCAGAUUUAUAGUGUAAAAUUGUUUGAAUAUUUUCACACUGCACAGGCAUGUAGUUUGUUGCCUGCUUUUCUCUGGCCAGAGGGGACUGGAGGCUAUUGGCAGGGUGUGUCAGGAAAGAUGAAGGUGGAGACGGACCUUUUGACUUUUACACCUAUUUAACUUUUUAGCUCACACACUGAGGAAUGAUGAUGCACACAUAUUCGACAAGGUACGACAGACAACCACAUCUGGCUGUGUAUCGUCUAGAAUGACGCUAUAUAAUUACAGUCAGGGCAUUUGUGUGUGUGUGUGAGAGAGUAUUUGUGUGGAUGAAACGGCACUUACUCUUUAUGUCAGUUUGUUUGAAGUUGAGAGUGUGUGGUACAGUAAUUGGAAAAGUGUGUAUUCAUAUUCAAGGCCAACAGCAAAUAUGUGUGUGCGCGUAUGCAUAUGUGUGUGUGUGUUACAGACCAGGUGGUUGGCAUUACCUCCUCCCUCUGUACCUCUCUUUCAUGUAUGUCCUCUUUAGGUACUUCAGUGUUUGUGACUUUUGUAACAAUUUGUGACUUUAAAGAUCGAGCUUGACCUCUGACCUCUCUACACCUCAUUUCUGUCUAACAUACAAGGUUCAUGUGACAACCAAACAGACUGAAUUUUGAAUCAGGAAGAAAAUGUCCUUCUUAACUGAAUCAAGCUGGAUUAAACUUCACAUUCAGCUCUUUCAAAAAAAGCCUGAAUGGAUGUCUGUUUUUUUAAAACACUGACUCAUCUUAAAUAUGCACAUGGUUAAGAGCCAUUACAGAGCUGUUCUUGUAGCAUGUGUAACAUUUAGCAUGGCAUCUACUCCACUUAGUACUUAAACCCUCUGCAGCUGUCUGCCGCCCUCCUCUCACCAAGAUGCUUGGGUUACUUUGAAGUCUAAGUGUCUGAGUAUCUGUGGGAACAUGAACCUUAAAGACGGGAUAAUUGUCCUAAAUUGAUUUACAGUAUCAAGCUCUUUAUUCUCCACACUUUAACACUCAUGGUCACAAUCUCACAGCAAUCAACGGGCCAAAGUGCAACAGCUGGAGGGGCUUUGGCUGCCCUCUCCCUGGGCCUUAAACUAAAAUCUGAAAUGAAUUUGAGGCUUAUCUCAGACUGACUGUUCCCUUGGGAAGUGUUCUUAUAAGCUGAUUCCUUGUCUGAGACGUUAUAAGUCUCAUGAUAUGAACUGCCGCCUUUAAUGCUGAGGUCAGACAACACAAUCUUUUUGUCUGUUAUGAUAAUGUUAUGACUUAACUGCGGUACUGAUCCAAUACCUGAAGGAGGAAGAGCCGAGCUAGACAGUACUCAGAAAUGCUUACGGCAGCUAUUCACCAGCUUUCUAAAAUGUGUCUGCUUUUACUCGCCAACAUUUAAUCCGUCGUUGUCAUCCCUCUGCGACACGUUACAUAAUAAUUAAGGAUGUUGUUGCCAAAGUUUGACAAACUUUUCCUGCCUCUCAGUUCCAUCUCGCUGCACCAGCUUCACUGUUCUUCUUUGGCUUCACCGUUGGGUUUGUUAAAGUAAAAAGAAAAAAUCAAACGUGCUAAAUCCUAUGUCUACUGUAUCAGGCAAUCACCAUGUUCAUUAGGUGUAGUCUGACUGCAGUAUUAGAAGUUUCUAAAAGCUGCAUAAGAAAGAGAGCAAAAACCUCUUCAUGUUUUAGUGAAAGGUUCCCCAGAUGUAUGCAGAAACAUGCAGGUGUUUUAACUUACACUGAUUAGGUUGAAGUGAGGUCAAGCCAUGCAUGCAGUCAAUUACUGAGAUCAUAAAAUUACCAGGAAGAGAGGAAGAGCCUCCACACUCAAAGCUGGGAGGCACUCAGGCAGUUAAGCGCAGCUCCUCUGCUUUACUUUUACUUUCCCGUCACAACAAAGAUAAGAUAAGAUUAGAUAUUUGUCCCACAAGGGGAAAUUCCAAAAGAAAACUUCUGAAAAAAAGUCAACAUUUUCAAAAACAAAAAUUUUAUUGAUCUUAAAAGAGAAUACACUCAUAGCUCAGAGCGUUAGACUCCAAAAAUAAAAUAAAAUUUAAAAAAAGAUAGAAAGAAAGACAAGGAUUAAAAACUUAAACAAUGAUAAAGCCCAAACCUUCAUUCAAGCUCUGGGGGAAAAGUUCAUAUUGGAACUGUAAUAGGCUGUUCGAACUCACAAUAACACUGUAUACAAGUGCAUCAGGCAGCCUGAAAUAGCUUAAUGUUUGAUCUAGCUUAAGGUCUCCCAUCCUAGCCGAUAACAAUAAUGUUAUUCUACAAAAAUGGAGGACUUGGUGAGCAGACAAUCACAACACCAUAACAUUUGAGAAACUCAGCGUGGAAGUAUUUUGUGUUUUACACCCAAAAACAUAAAGACGAGUAAGCAUGUACGUUGACUUUGUACACAGCUUAUCAACAAUGACAAAUUUGCAGGCUCACCAGAUAGCGUGAAGCACCACUGACAACUUUUUCAAUGGCAAGUGCUCAAUCCUGUGUGAUUGUCGUUUUUAUGGUAGGCCCCUUCAGAGGCUCCGAAAAAGGCCAUCUCCGAUAAGAUCCAAAUCUGCACUUUAUAUUCAAUGUUGAAUAAAAGUACAUUCUUUGAAGAACUGACAGUCCUACCUCAUUUAACAGAACUUAUCAGUCUAGGAUGUCUCUAUCAGUCUUUUUUGCCCCUGAACCAAAUCCCCAUCCCUAAAAUUGUCUAUGCUUUGAUAAUAGAGCUGAACACUGUUAAAAAGUAAGGCUGAGCUGUGCACAAAACUGUUGAAUGCACAUAAUGUUGAGUGUUAGAAGAGAAGCAACACAUUCACAAAGCUGCAUGCUGUCACAUGAAGAUAUCUCUAUUUGUAAAACCUGCAGGACACAAAGCUCCCACCCUGACUUCAGAGUGAUUGCAUCUUUUGCCCAGACUGUAAAUGAACACAUUCAGGUUUUCUCUAAGUCUGACAUUUUAUCUUGAAAAUGAGUUUUUUUUUUUGAGAAACUUGAGGUCGCAGGUGAGGGUUUCUUUCUCAACGUCCUUUCAAUUUCUCUUUUACAGAACAGCGACCCAGGAGCUAGAGGAGCCAAGGGGGCCAAAGGUCACAGAGGACCUGAGGGAAGACCGGUAAGAAUACCGAGGAACCAAAGUGUGUGUGUGUGUGUGUGUGUGUGUGUGUGUGUGUGUGUGUGUGUGUGUGUGUGUGUGUGUGUGUGUGUGUGUGUGUGUGUGUGUGUGUGUGUGUGUGUGUGUGUGCGUGCAUUUUGGAGGGUUUUUCUGCGUGUACGUAUCUGCAGGUUUAGACUUUAGGGGAACUGCUGUUCACUCAUCCAGAGAGGAGCUCUCCCUUUGAGCUGGUUAUCUGUCCAUGUAUUUAGACCUAGUCCCCCUAUCCCAUUUUCUAGUGGCAAACUUUUGUUUAAUUUGUAUUUCAGUUAAGAAAAAUGCUCUUGACGUUGCAGUGUUUUGUACAGAACUGGAGAAAAAGUCUUUUCUUCUCUCGAGAUGAAAAAUUCUGAUAGGCGGAGAAUCUGGUGUCUUUUAUUUCAUCUUUUCUUUCAACAUGAGCUGAACAGGAAGGUUUCAAGUGUCUUCUAUCUCAGAAACCUUUUAUUUGCUGUCAAAUUACAAAUUAACAAGUGAAUAAUUCAAACAAAAUCAGGCUUCUGGGCCCUGACAGUUCACCUCCAGUAGAGGAUCUUAACAAGUAUAAGAAAUUAUCAAAAAUAAACGAGUAAAAAACAUCCAUCCUUAGUUUUUAGGGCAUCCGGUGAAGUGAACAAGAGGAUAUGAUAACUUCUUUUUUAAAUCUAAUCGUUUUCUUAGCUAAGUUAGUUAACCUUAUUGCUGAACAUGACAUGAACAUGCAUGUAAAGAAGUUAAAACAGAGGGGCUCUCUUCAGUUUUGCUCACAGUGUGUAGGAAAGACGGGGUAAUUCCCUUCUCUUUGACCGAGUGGUGAGUCAAAUCUUGUGGUGCUGGAUCAUGAGAAAAGAUCAACAAAGAUUCGAUCUAAAUAUAACACUGUGCAUCAAACUCUGCCUUUUCACACUCUCCGUACCCUGUCUCUCCUCCCUUUCCUCUUCUCUCUCCCUGGCUCGAGUCUCUACAGCAUAUUUCUGUAUGAUUUGUUUGCGUCAUGUGUUUUCAGGAUCGUUUCUCCCGACUACAAUUAAACUCUCUGUCUUUCUUUUCCUCUCUCUCUUCCUUUGGUGUGUGUGUCUGUUUUUCUUUGUGCACACAUGUGAACUCGACUGGCGUCUUUGUCACAGAGAAGAAUGCUCUUAAACUGUUUAAUGUCUGGUAAAACAAAACAGAUGGUUUUCCUGCAGCCGAGCAAAAACAAAAUGCUGUGGCAACGAACUUCUGUAGGAUUCACGUGUUGUUGCAGAAAGAUAGAAAAUGUGUGGGUGUGGAUGUGGGUUCAGUGACUGAGGGAUUUUGGUUUGCAGUCAUAGGAGGGAUGGUUUUCCACAGGAGUGACUUUUUUAUUUGAGUGAAAGAGUCAUCCAGGACUAACUCUGUCCUCCUGAAGCCAGUUCAACCUCUUCAGCUCUGUUUUUUAAACAGAUAAACACAUUUAUCAGGUGGAUGAAUCACUCAGCCCCCUUAUCUUCUUCGCUCACUUACUCUCCUUUUCUCUGCAGGGACCUCCUGGGCCUCCUGGACCUGCAGGAACUGAUGUAAGUAUUUUUUAAAAAUCCAGUCAGUCCACUCAAUCAGGACCCUCGCUCGAUUUUUUCGCUGCUCAGCCCCUCAGACUCAAUUCCCUCCUUAAGGCUGGGCUACUUUUGACUCUGAAUCUGAUACUGUAUUUUCAGUCCAAAGCCGCACAUCUCAUUUCCUGAACACAAAACCCCUUCAGCCUUUCAGCGAGCAGACCGCUGAGUGAAAAACCACCAUUAUCAUGUUUUGUUUUUUAUUUGUAGAGCAGCUUGAAACAGUCAUGAACCAGGAUAUGUGUGUUGUCUUUGAAGUUAUGUAACAUGAUUUAAUGCUCAUAACUGAACUUGAAUGCGUUCUCCACUUCUCUCUUCAGGACUGUGAAAUCCUGGAUAUCAUCAUGAAGCUCUGCUGUAAGUUCAACUCUUUGGGCUUUUGAACGCACCCGCCCACUGAAACGAAGCCACAUGUACUCAGAGCUAAACACUCUGACCUCCUCAACCCCAGCCCUGAUUAGCCAAACAUGCAAUCGAAACCUGAUGGAUGUGAAGGUUAUACAGGUUAUGUUGUGAGACGUUUUUUUUCCUGCUCAGUUAAUUAACUUUGAUUUGUUUUCUUUCUCUCAUUCUUCCACGACUUCACAGCUUGUUGUGGUGAGUUUGUGCUCAGUCUUUCUCUCACUCAUCAACAUUAUUAUCAUUUUUCUAAGGGGAAACAUUGUGAUUUUGUUUCUGUUUUGUUCCUCUCCAGAGUGUAAGUGCGCGUCUCUGGACUUGGCGUUCAUUGUGGACAGCUCAGAGAGUAUUGGUGCCACAAACUUUGCUCUCGCCAAAGAUUUCAUUGUGACUGUCGUAGACAGACUGAUAAAAGACCAGCAAGUCAAGGUAAAGUCCCUCUCUGAACUCAUAUCCUCACUUUUUGACAACACUGUGUAUCAUCUUCUUUGGUCUUUAUUUGUCUGAACAAUAUCCCACAUUUAACCCCGUAGAUUGUGUUGUUUAUCCAAAAUUAACCCAAAAAGUGUUGCAAAAGCUGUUUUCUGGGAUGAUAGGAAACACAGCUAUGAGAGCAGACCUCGAAAUAGAAAGUGUGAAUGAGCGAUGCUGUCUCUUGGUUUUGGAGCGUGUUUUUAUGUCUCUCCAAUGACUCUCCUCUUCCACUUUGGAUAUAAUUAGUCAGGAUGGGUGGGACGCAGAAAUGUUGACAGAGAAAAACACACUCUUGUAGACGUAACACACACACAGACCAAAACACACAGUCACCAUGAAACGCUUUUCUUUUCAGUUUGCAGCCAAUGAGUCCAAAGUGAGUGUGGUCCAGUACAGUGGAUCGCGAGCACAGGAAGUUGUCCAGCUGGGCGGCAACGUGAAUAGCCUCACCGACUUCAAACAGUGAGUUCACGUGCACACAGCCAGACAGGCUUGUUCUCUUACUGCACAAAGUACCACUGCAGCAGUCAGAGGUUUGAUUUCAGGGUUGGAGUUUGUGGCUGCAAAUUUUCUCUGUCUCUGAACUUUACAUCAAUCUGACAGUAUUUCAAACAAAGUCUGUUGUGUUUAAGUGCUACUCAAAUUUAUAACCUCCCCUUGAGAAUCACUGAAGCUGCCCGUUUAGUAGCUCGAUGCCUUUAAUGCCUUUAUUUUUAAUAUUUUUUAGAGGUUUGUCUUGUCUUUAUAUUGAAAGAACAGAUUGAGAGAGACACAAAAUGUACCAAAUCAUGUUAACAUAAGCACCAGAUGUGCUCAGUGGUCAGAAAGCUUUGAGUCCGGUGCCUGUCAGCUACGUUACACAAUAUGAUUGACUGUGCGUUUUUAUGAUGAUGUCAUAUUGUGACUGGCUACAUGCCAAAAAGUUGUAAGAUUUAGUUUUCACAUAGAAACACAUAGAGUCAUUAAUUCAUAUAAAAAGCCAGAGUCAGGGGGAGUCCAUGAAUAAAUAUAUUACAUAAAGAACAGAAAUGAUGAGCUUUUGCAGCUUCCUCACUUUUUUUAAUUAGAGAUUAAUCUGAUGUACUGCUCAGUUGGAAUGACUAAAUUUGGCAGUGUGAAUGUAGAAUAAUCCAGAAUUUGGCUUUUAAAGACCACUGAAUAUUAUAAAAAUGUGCAAGUUCUUGAAAUACAGCAUUUCUUAUUCAGUAUUACCAGUGGUCAGAUCGACUCUGGGUCAUGCGUAUGCUAAUGAAGUGAAUGUGAAAGAUGGGCUCAGGUGACAUACAGCCAAUCGCAAUGUGAAACAUCAACAAAUUGUUUUUUUAUUUUUUUUUUAAGCAAAUGUACACGUUCACAGCCUGAUUCAAAAAUGGUUUUAGUCUGAACAGCUCAGGGCUCCCACAGCACUCACUGUACAGGGAGUGAAUAUUUUUGGUAACACGUUCAUUUCAAAGAUAUUAAGACAAGAAGACUGGCGAAUCGGAGACACAGCUGAGUAGACUGACAGGCAGGCGCACUGUGACUAUUUGCAAGGAGGCUCUGGUAGGUUUCCCAAAAGUUACGUUAAGUUAGCUUUACCAAUAUGGCGACCACCACCGAUAGGCUUUACAACUUUGCUUCACAUACAAAUGAGUCAGGUCACAGUCGGAGCAAAACCCAGAGCACACCUGACCACUCAAGGACACUAGGACCAGGAGUGGAUCCAAAGACCAAUGCGAUGUGUCUGCUCUGCCAGCUGAGCUAAACUGGAUCCCUGAUGAUCAUAUUUUGUAGUUUCAAACUGUUUUCGCAUUUAAACCACACACAUACUAGCUUUCCAAACUAUUCCAAACCACAAACUCUUAAAUGAGAAGCUCUAAGAAGAGUUUAUUUAAUUGGAUGCAGGUUUGAGAGGUAAGCAACAAAAGCAAAACAGAGAGUGUGAUAGGUGUAAAUUUUCCAAAUUUGUUUAUUCACACAUGCCCACCACACUGUGAGAAAUUCCCUGUUGGAAUUAGUGGGCUGGUGAGCAGGUGAAGAGUCUGGAAAUGCGGGAGAUUUCUUCAAAAGCCUGCUGCAGUUGCCACAUUAAAAUACUUAAUGUGAUGGCAUGUUAAAGACAGAGGUGUCGACAUUUUCACUAUACUGAUUUUAAAAAGGAUUCUCCUUCAUCCUCCUCUGAUUUUAUUCAUCCUGUUCUGUGUUCAUCUUCUAGUUGCAUUAUAUGAAUGCCAUCACCACCUUGCAUGUAGAGUGUUUCCUGUGUUGCUCUCAUAUCAGUUAAACCCAACUUUUUACAGUUGGGUUUAUCAGAGAAAAACAUCUGGAUUAAGUCUUAGUGACCAAAUUCAGGUGUCUGUGUUUGCACCAGCAGCCCGCAUUAAAUAAUUUGUGAUUUUUUGGGAGUUUUGUGCAAGUGUGUGAAUACAGUUCAAAAUAAACACAGCCUAUAAAUAGACCUAACUUUGCUAAGGGACUAACAGCCAGCCUGACUGGUUAACCUUCAUGCUGUGUUUUUGAAUUGUGUAGCAGACAUUUUAUUUUUAAUCACGCUAUAGGUGGAAGUAGUUGUAGCAGGGGAGAGCUCAAGAUUUAACAAAAGCGGCAAAACUUAGAAAAAACUUUAAGCUUCUGAGAUUGUUUUAAAAAAAUCAGGGUUGUUGUUUUUAUGUUUUCUACAUGCAUCUAAUCACCUCUUUUAAUAUCGCACAUACAAAUGAGCAUGCUGUGAAUAUUUACAACCAACUGCAGAAAAGAAAGCAGUCACACAUAAUCCCACCAAUACUGAGCUUGAACCACACCUGAGUUAUUUUGAGAUUUGGGUUGUUUUUCGUGAAUAUAUUGAUUCCUACUUGAAACACCUCAAUACCAAAAAAGACAUCUGGGAUUGAGUCCUGUACACAACCUUGUUACAAUGCUGGUUUCUGUCUUGGCUACAAAGGCUGAAAACCAGCCAAACUGCGGAUUACGACUGAAGCACAGACUAAAAGCUGUCUUUGUGCAGAUGUAUUGAACACAUUGAUUCUAUUUGAUUCUAUUCUAUUUCUUGAGCAAGAACAGUUUCACAAACUGAUGAUUUAAAAAAAGGCCAAUUCUUGAACAAAGUUGUUGGCUUCAACAAUGCUAGCUACAUGUUCGUUUGUUUUUGUUUUUGUUUUUGUUUUGUUUUUUUUGUGUUUUUUUUGACUCAAUAGACAUUUUUUUAUCUGUUGGACAAAGGCUAACCAUUUCCCUCUGUUCACACUCCUUGUAUCGAGAUAUAAAAAAGAUGGUCUGGACUUUUGUAACUGGCUAAAGGUAAUAUUUCAGUACUAUUGGUUUUUGGCCAUUAAAUGUCUUUGUGUUUAUGUGUGUUUGUGCAGGGCAGUGAAGGACUUGCGCUGGCUGGCUGAGGCCACUUACACUGGAGAAGCUCUUGAUUUCGCUCUGACCAACACAAUCAAGCUGAUGCAGCAGGACAACCGAGUCGUUUUGGUUCUGACAGAUGGACGUUCUGAUAUCAUCAGAGACAAAGUUCCUCUCACUGUACUCUGCGGGAACAACGUCCGGGUGGGUGUGACAAGCCAAAAAAACACGAUAAAUGCUCAUUCUAGUUCUGAAGUUCCCUCUAACAUUAACACACAUUUCCUCCUCUCCAGGUGGGCGGAUUGGGAGUCAUCGACUACUCGGGCCGUCAGCCCAACCAGGAGCAGCUUGAGGAUGUUGUAUGUAAGAGUGACCCCAAACCAGGGUUCUCUUUUGUCCUGAACAACUUUGGCGAGCUGCUCGAUGACUCUUUCUUGCAGAACCUCACUGCUAAAAUCUGUCAAGGUAAGCACACGACCAUAAGCUCAGACUUGGCAAGUUAUUUAUAUUCCAACUCUAACACUUUGUAUAGAACACUAAAAGAAUGAUAUAACCUCUGUUUUUCUUUUAUCUAGAUAAGAAAUGCCCAGACUACAAAUGUCCAAGUAAGUCGGAUUUUAAUCCUCAACAGUGAUCAUUUCACAUAGAGUUGUUCCUAAAGCAGUUUAUCAUGAUACCAUUAAAAUUUGGUUUUAGAUAGUUAGCCAGUUAGUGCACUAUUCAAUACUAUUACUACUAUCAUACUGCUGCUAGCUUAGUUUAUACCUGAGGAUAUGUACAUUAGUAUGAUGCAGCAAACUGAACAUGUCUGCUCAUAUUUAGCUGUAGUGCUUAUUAAUGUUGUUUUUAGGAUGAAUAUACACACUUAUUGAUUGAAUGUAUUGUGUCUGUGUGUAUUUGCAGUCACUUUCUCUAGCGGUGCUGAUAUUUUGAUGAUGAUGGAUAGUUCAGCCAGUGUUGGCCAGAAGAACUUUGACACAAGCAAGGCCUUUGUCCGCCGCUUGGCCGAGCGUUUCCUGACCGCUGAGAAGCAGAGAGGUGUGAAUGUCAGAGUGGGUGUGGCUCAGUACAGCAGAACCGCCCGGAUGGAGCAGGCCUUGACCAGCAACCUGACCCUUCUACAUAGCAAAAUUGAAGAUGCUGCCUUCCAAAACGAUGGCACAGAUGUUUUAGAGGCCAUGGAUUUCGCGAUGAAGACCUUACGUGGCCGUGGAGAUGCAGCUGGAGGCGGAAAGAAGCUGUUGCUGUUCUCUGAUGGCAGGUCUCAGGGCAUCACUGAAGCUGUGUUAGACAAGCGUGUUAAAGAUUUGGUGGGUUCCGGGGUGGAAGUUUUCGUCAUUGCCGCUGGCAACCGAGUCAACGAGGCCAACCUGCGCAUGUUGGUGAGCAGGGGGCGUCCAAAUGACAACAUCUACGUCCAACGCCACCUCUUCCGUGUCCCAGACUUCCCAUCUCUGCUGCGUGGAGUCUACCACCAAACCGUCUCCCGCAGGGUUUCCAUGCCUUGA